UCGGGAGUUGAGUGUUCAGAAGUGACGGAGCGCGCGAGAGUCGGUCUCUCUGAAGAGAAGCGGAGGAGUCGCGUUCAACUCUCCUCGAGCGCACUUUCCCGGUCUUCCAGUCCGCGGCUCGCGCGGGAGGAGAUGAGCGUAUUUUGGACCGUUUGGACCGUGUGAGCAGCAGCAGCGCGUGGAGCCGAGCUGGAUGUAGUGGAGGACAAGCUGCUGGCUGUGGCAGCGGCGCGGCGCGAGCUACACUUUCAGUAAAGUCGCGAGGAGAGCUUUCUGACGGCUGCGUGGCGGGUUUUGUGCGUGUAUCUGAGACGGACAGAAACUGACAGCAGUUGGGUGGAUUUUCCUAAAGUUUCCUGGUCAGUAGAGGUUGUGGGUUUUUCUUCUCAUGAAAGCCGCGGGACAUCUGGAACCUGAAGGCUGAGUUUCUGUCAGAAGUGACUCAUUUAGGUCGGAGGCGGGAAGUGGUCAGGCCCUCCGUUGUCUGCGGCCGGGGUUCAGCGAGACAGCAUGCGGAUGGUGGAGGAUGGGCCCUGAGUUGGAGUUGGUCCCUGCUGCUCUGCGUCGGGCCCCUCCGUCCAGAGGAAUGACGGCUCUGUGGUGCUCCCUCUGGCUCUCCCUCCUGCUGCCGCUCUGCGUCUCACCGGCCAGGCUGCCCACCGCUCAGCCCACAGACUCUGUGUCCAGUGAAACUGCUUUCCUGGAGGACUUUAUCUUGGGCAUGGGGGACACCCUGGAGAUGUCGUGCAAUCGGGAGGACUCCUCAGAGCCCAUCGUCUGGUUCAAAGACGGCAUCGGACUCUCGUCAGGCAACCGAACGCGAGUCGACCAACGGAUGAUACGCAUCAUCAACGUGUCGUACGAAGACUCGGGCGUCUACACGUGCCGACUCGCCCAUACCAACACCCUGCUCAACAACUACACCAUCAGGGUGACAGAUUCUCUGUCAUCUGGUGAUGAUGAAGACUAUGAUGAAGAUCCAGAAGAUGCAGGUAAUGGAAAUGAAGCUCCUUUUUGGACCAAGCCCGAACGGAUGGACAAGAAGCUCCUGGCCGUCCCCGCAGCCAACACCGUCAAGUUCCGCUGUGCUGCCGACGGAAACCCGAUGCCAACCAUCCACUGGCUCAAGAAUGGCAAGGAGUUCAAGGGCGAGCAGAGAAUGGGAGGCAUCAAGCUGAGACACCAGCAGUGGAGUUUGGUGAUGGAGAGUGCCGUGCCGUCAGACCGGGGAAACUACACCUGCGUGGUGCAGAACAAGCACGGCACCAUCAGUCACACCUACCAGCUGGACGUUUUAGAGCGCUCGCCUCACCGGCCGAUUCUCCAGGCAGGCCUGCCAGCCAAUCAGACAGUGGAGGUGGGCAGCAACGUGGAGUUCCACUGUAAGGUUUACAGCGAUGCCCAGCCGCACAUCCAGUGGCUCAAACACAUCGAGGUGAAUGGCAGCCGCUACGGCCCCGACGGCGCCCCCUACGUCAACGUCCUGAAGACGGCCGGUAUUAACACAACAGAUAAAGAGCUAGAGGUUCUCUUCUUGGCCAAUGUAACUUUUGAGGAUGCGGGCGAGUACACUUGUCUGGCGGGGAACUCUAUCGGCUUUGCUUACCACUCCGCUUGGCUGACGGUGCUUCCAGCAGUGAACUCGGGCAAAGACGACUACUACGCCGACAUCCUCAUCUACCUGACGGGCUGCGUGCUCUUCGUCUUCGCUGUGGUCAUCGUCUUCCUCUGCCGCAUGAGAAUGACCACGCAGAAGACUCUCCCCACGCCGCCUGUGCAGAAACUUUCAAAGUUCCCCCUCAAGAGACAGCAGGUUUCCUUGGAUUCUAACUCCUCCAUGAACUCCAACACGCCUCUGGUUCGGAUUGCUCGGCUGUCGUCCAGCGACGGGCCCAUGCUGGCCAACGUCUCAGAGCUGGAGCUGCCCUCUGACCCCAAAUGGGAGUUUCCUCGCACACGGCUAACCCUGGGUAAACCUCUGGGAGAGGGCUGCUUCGGUCAGGUCGUCAUGGCGGAGGCAGUCGGCAUUGACAAGGAGAAGCCCAACAAGCCUCUCACCGUCGCUGUGAAGAUGCUGAAAGACGAUGCAACAGAUAAAGAUCUGUCAGACUUGGUGUCAGAGAUGGAGAUGAUGAAGAUGAUAGGCAAACACAAAAACAUCAUCAACCUGCUGGGCGCAUGCACUCAGGACGGUCCUCUGUACGUCCUGGUGGAGUACGCCUCCAAAGGGAACCUGAGGGAGUACCUCCGGGCGCGCCGUCCUCCAGGCAUGGAUUAUUCCUUUGACACCUGCAAAAUCCCUGAUGAGCAGCUCACCUUUAAAGACCUGGUGUCCUGCGCCUAUCAGGUCGCCCGAGGCAUGGAGUACCUGGCUUCACAGAAGUGUAUCCACAGAGAUCUGGCAGCCAGAAACGUUCUGGUGACGGAGGACAACGUCAUGAAAAUAGCCGACUUCGGACUCGCCAGAGACGUGCACAACAUAGACUACUACAAAAAGACCACAAAUGGUCGUCUGCCCGUGAAAUGGAUGGCUCCGGAGGCUCUGUUCGACCGGGUCUACACGCACCAGAGCGACGUGUGGUCUUAUGGGGUUUUGUUAUGGGAGAUCUUCACCCUGGGAGGGUCGCCAUACCCGGGGAUCCCAGUGGAGGAACUCUUCAAGCUGUUGAAAGAAGGACACCGGAUGGACAAACCUGCCAACUGCACGCAUGAGCUGUACAUGAUCAUGAGGGAGUGCUGGCACGCCGUCCCGUCUCAGAGGCCCACCUUCAGACAGCUGGUGGAAGACCUGGACCGGAUUCUGUCCAUAACCUCCACUGAUGAGUACCUGGACCUGUCGGUGCCGUUCGAGCAGUACUCCCCGACCUGCCAGGACUCCAACAGCACCUGCUCCUCCGGAGACGACUCCGUGUUCGCCCACGACCCGCUGCCCGACGAGCCCUGUCUUCCCAAACAGCCUCCCAGCAACGCCGUCAUACGGACAUAAGAGCCCGGCCAGCGGAGGUCGUGACCUCCGCUCACACUCUGUGACAUAUAAUCACCUCUCAGCGAAUCAAGACUCCUCAAGAUAUGGAAAUUAAGACUUCACGCAAUACUCCUGCAGCUCGUCUUAAACCCGCCAGGCUUUUUUCCUCCGAUUUCCCCCCCAAGAGACACUUUGAACAUUGAAGGAUUUUCUUUUUGUUUUUGGCUGUUUGCGUUCUUUUCAGGAAUGAAAUUCUAUUUUUAUACUCUGGCCAGUCUUUUGCUACAAACAGUGGUGUGGUGAAACCAUUCCGUGCCUCCUGGGAUCUAAACAUCCUGGGACUGAAUUCAGAAGUCGUACGCGGAGGACGUGAAGGGCAUUUUGAAGGCGACCAAGUAGUGACGCGGCUCUAUCUCCUCUAGAUCUGUACAGAUCACAACAGAACGCUCCCGCAUGAACGCAGUCCAGGAAGACGUUUCCAGCAGAACUCAGAGGAGAAGCUGUGAGAGGCCGCAGCGGGUUUCCUCAGUGUUAACGUUUUGGGUUUUUUUUUUCAUCCUAAGAACAGUUUUUUUUUUGUUUUGUUUUGUUUUUUUGGGGGGGGAUUUUUUAAUCGUCUCCAAACAAAAUUCCUGAUGACGUGAGGCGGAUUUCAGGCCCUUUCAGUAAUAAGAACAGCGCCACUUGGAGGACGUUUUAGGUUUUUUUUCUAUAUCUAGAAAGUGAUUUAUUGUAAAUAUAUAAAUGCAAAUAUGUAUCAUAUCGCUGUCCACAGCCAUGUAUGUAAAAGACAAAAUCAGAAAAAAAAAUACAUUUAAAAAAAAAAGUUUAUUUGAGGAUGGAAGACACUGUCUAUGCGUUAAAACAUUUACUUUUUUUUUUCUUUUUUUUUUGGGGUGUUGCAGAGAAAAGUUUUAUUUGAAUAAUUAACAUGUAUAUUUGUAAAGGUAUUUAUAGACUUAACAUGCGGUUCUUAAGUUUGAAAACUUCUAGGUUUAGGUAUUUUAGUACUGUACACAAAGAUUUUUAUUUCGACUUUUUGUAACUUAUUUUGCAACAGAAAUGAUUUUGUCACAAACUGGCAGACGUUUUCUUUUUUUUUUUUUUUUUGAUCCACCUUUUUUUUUUUUUUUUUUUCGUUGGUUUGUUUCCUGUCCGAAACAGAGAAAAGAGAAUGUAUGGCAGGAGACGACGUUUCUGAGAGCGAGUGUAGUGCGACAGCCAGACGUUGACCUUUGACUCCGGAGCGCCACCCGGAGGUGCUGCCGGGUUCUGCCGAGUUCUGCUUCUGGUUUCACAUGUUGGCAUUUGCACUAAGGAAAGAAUGAUGAACUCUUGCUGGGCAAGAAAUAGCAGCGCAUCACUUCGACCUUUCACACAGACCGUCAUUCUCAAAAUAAAGUGCACCUUCUGUCAAUCCUGCAGUUUUAAAGCAUGAAUAUGACUUUGAAAAGUAUGUAAAUCUGACCUGGCAAAAACACUCACUGAAGAUUCCAUCAAGUUGAUAUGUGUUAAAGAAAGAUGUGAUCAGAGUUUUACGCCUUGUCCACACGUAGCCUGGUGUUUUAUGAAAACCAAUUUUAAAAAACUGUACAAUCAGGAUUGUUUUCAGAAAACCUGCACAUAAACGCCACUGAAAGUUGUUUUCAUUAUGCCAAACCCAUAGGGGGCAGCGUAGCUCAAAGCUAUAUCAGCCAAUCAGAUUGCUUCAAAACGACCACUACUUCCUGUUUGGAAUUGAACGUGGCGUCAGGACGUUCAUUUGUGUUACCAGGCGAGAAGGUUGUACUAGUUUUAAAUUAGUUGUCGAUUGGGAAUCAUAUCAGAACAAAUAUGUGGACGUUUGUCACAGUCUGUAAUUCAUGGAGCCCCAAAUUCUCGUUUUCCCAUAUGCUUCUUGUCUUGUCAAAUCUGACCUGGUCUGAGUUCUUAAAUUAUUUUGAGUGAUAUGAACCUGAGUCUGUGUGUGGAUGGGAGGCCAAAACGUUUUGGAAAUAUAUUAGUUUUCCAAACUAUCUGGCUACAUGUGGACUAUCUGGCUACAUGUGGACUAUCUGGCUACAUGUGGACUAUCUGGCUACAUGUGGACUAUCUGGCUACAUGUGGACUAUCUGGCUACAUGUGGACUAUCUGGCUACAUGUGGACUAGGCCUUAAAAACUCUCCCAAAACCCAACAUACGUACACUAUGGAAAAUGUUAGCAUUUACAGCAGGCUUGCUUUCUUUUUACUCCAAGCUGUGAAACACAAGAGCCUUCUGGCAACCUCAAUCUGUUUUUAAAGGACAAAGGAAUUAGAGAUGCACCAAUCAGAAUGUUUUGGCCCAAUUUCCAGUCCUGUUUUGUUUCAUAACCUUUACCUGCCAAUGCUGAAUGGAGCUAAAUCACACUUGAAGAGCUACAAACAAUUGUGAAACAGAAAUUGAUGUGCAGUUGGUCUAAAGUGGAAGUUUAAAUGUCUAAAAUUGGUUUUAUGGCAGACGAUUGGUGCAUCUCUAAAAUAAAUAGAUGACUUUGUUUGCCUUUUUAAGGGUUAGUUAAAUAGGUUUGGCUAACCCAUUAGCUAAACCUGUAUAGCCAAAUCUGUUUGCUCACCGACGUUCUUUAGCUAAUCCUGUUUAGCUAACAGGGCUAGCUGUCAGCUAGCCUCUGGCCACACAACUUCUUUACAUAGAAUGUCUGUUGAUGUUCUAUGUAGUUUACUCAAACACAGUGACUGACAUGGUUUGCAUGAUUCUGUUUCCUACAGCAAUAACCAGAAAAUAUUCAUGUGAUCUACAAUUCUUCCAAAAGGUUUUCGUUCAGUGUGGUCCUGCUCGGAUGCAGUCAAAGCCCUUAAAAGCAUUCAAGUUCCAGUGAGUGCAAUUUCAUAAAUCUAUUUUUAAUUUAAAAUGUGCCUCGCAGGGUUAUAAUCACAGAACAUUCAAAGGUCAUAAGGUCAACGCUGCUAAUACUCACUGGUAAAGGUUUAGCUGAGGGGGUAAAUAAAUGUUUUGUUUUGUUUUCUCGCUGAUGGAGCAAAAACUGCCCAUUUUUCGUCUCUCUAUAGUGUCAUUAUUACUGAAUGAAAUGAAGGCUUGUUGUGUGACUCCGACCACACAGCUGUAAAAUCAAACGUGUGUUUUGUGUCUGUCUUUGGAUCGUGCUGCGAAAAGUGCCAAAUUUAGUCUUAAAAGCCCGACUUUAUCCGAUCUCUGAACCAAAUCCUGCGCCGGCGAAUGAAGCUGGCCAGAAGUAUUAGGAAGAGAAUCACAAAAUGGCUUUCUCUCUCGUUUGUUUUGGUUUGUUUCUCUGUUUUAUUUUCUAACUGAUCCCUCAAAAAAAGCAUUCAGUCUGAAACGUUCGCAAAGUCACAGAAGGGAAAGAACAUUCACGCGGCAUUGAAGGGUUCACAGAUUUCCUCGCUGCGAAGUGGAACCGGUGGGAAACGUGUUGCUGUGCAACCAGAAACCGGCUGGACUCACCAGCAGGUCGGCGCCAGAACUUCCUUAAGUCGUUUUUAUAUUUGAAGGACUUAAAAUAAAAACACAAAUCGGGGACUAUAAUUUUUUGCUACGAUGUCCAAAUUGCUUUGAUUUUUUUUUUUUUGCUAUUGGCACCAAAAUUCAGUCAGGAAAAAAAAACAGUUCAGUGAAAGCUUUUGUGGGAGAUGCUUUUCAUGUUCUUAUCACAGUCGUGCCUCGAUUACAUGAUUUAACAAAAGGGGAUUGAUUGAUUUUUUUGUGUGUGUUUUUUUUUUCUUAAUCACAUUAUGAAUGUAUAAUCGCGUUUAAAAAAAAAAUUCAAGUGUUUGAAAAAUGUCGAUCUUAAAGCAUCCAUUCUAGGGCUAAUUGACCUGCUUUGUUCACUGAUGUUAUUAAUAUUAUUAAGUGAGCCAAACAGACAAAAGAAAAGCACUUCUGUAAAGAACGGAUGGAUAUAAUGAAACAGGUGGUGUUUUGUUCUUAUUUAUUCUUCCAUGUUGGGUAAAAGCUUUCCCUAUGGUGAGAGUAUUUUAUUCAGAGCUGUUUGCUUCUCAGUGUUUUUAUUAAGAGCCAGAAGAGGAGAAUUGUGAUGUAGAGUCGGAACUUUGUUUGGUCCUUAAAAAGCUUUUCUUCUGGUUUAGUUUUUUUUUUUUUUUUUUUUUUAUCUUUGAAUGCCCUUCUUCUCUUUGUUCGGUCUCUAUUGAAAUUGAUUUAUUUUUAUUUUUUUCUGUUCUGGUAGCAAAUUUAAAGUAUUGCCUCACUCUCUAUUUUUAUUUUUUUUUGUUUUGUUUCGUUUAGUUUGUUUUUUUUGUUUAAUGAAAAUGAAUUAACAUAGCUUACUAAUAUUAGAACUGACUCCAAAUACAUAGUUUUAUUUAUGCAGCAGAAUCGGAAAUAAAUGCAUUUCAUUACAUAUCAAAGGUACUUUGUGUGACUUACGCUGUUUUCUCUGCAUUAAAAUGAAAUUAAAAGAAUAUUUUCCCUCUG